UAUUUGUUCGUGCGUUCAUAAUAAAAACAAUACAAAAUUUAAUAUAUACAAAUAUGGUUGCGAGAUCAGUGCAUAAACUUGCUACAUUUUUAGGGUUUCUUUCAAUUUUUCAUGCAGCCUACUCAGCUGUGCAACACCGUUCUUAUUUAAGAAUAACAGAGCAAGAAUUUACAACAUUGCCAAUUGAUAUUAUUAUACAAGGAAUUAUGAGCAUGUUUGCUGUUAUGUAUGGUGUAAUGCAUAUAGCUGGUGAUUUUAAGGAAAUACGAGCUGUCGUAGAUUUAGAAAAUAAAUCUUGGGAUACAUUGCGCAACUUACCGUCUUUUCAAAUAUUUAAUCACAGAGGCAAAUCUUUAUCCCCUGAAUAUCUGUUAUCGGAAAGUGAUAGGAGAGACAUGCGAGAAAAACAUUUAUAAAAAUUUUUUGAAUUUUGAAAAAAAAAUUGCACCAAAUAAAAUUUAGCCAAUUGUUAAUUAAUACGUAAUUG